CAUCACUGGAGUUUCCACAAAAGUGAGAAACUGCUUUUAAAAGAGCGACUUGCAAUGUCAGUCAACAAGAACAGAGCAAGAGUCCAUUUACACAGCUUGACCCGAUUUGAUAGCAAGAACCUACUCUGAAAAAUGGAAUGUGAAAGCGAGGUAAUACUGGAUGUCAAUGCCAGCGCACUGGCAGGUGAACAGACAUCCCCGAGAGCCAAACAAUUUCUAAUGUCAAGACUUACCAUGGCCCUGAUAGCUUUCACUCUCUUCCUUGCUACUGGUGUUGCUGUUUUCCUCUUUUCAAAUGCUCCUGUCAAGGUGAGUCCACAUGGUGAAGGACGCGAGGAGGACAACUUUGAUCUUCGUCACACUUUGAGGCAAAUUUCAAACAGUAGGGCAGCCAUUCAUUUAGAAGGAGUGCAUGACCCCACCAUAAGGACGUCAGUGAAGUGGAUGAAUGACGUGGAUCAGUCACACUCUCAAGGAGGUCUAGAACUCCAAAACAAUGAGAUUUUGAUUCCCCGAGAUGGCCUCUAUUUUGUUUACAGCCAAGCAUCUUUCCGAGUAAGCUGUAGUAGCAGGGAUGCUGAUAAUAUUACCUCUAAACGCAUGGUCCACCUGAGUCACACAGUGAAGCGCUGCUCCAGCUCAUUUGGGAAUAACAACGAUAAGACCAUUUUGCACUCUAUUCGUACAGCCUGCCAGAACACAGCAAGCAGGGAUCCAGACUCAGUUGGAAGCUGGUUUUCUGCAGUAUAUAUGGGAGCGGUAUUCCAUUUAAAGAGGGGGGACAGGCUGAAGACAGUCAUGGAAGAGAAGAUGCUUGAGAAACUGGAGGAUGAGGCAGGGAAGACAUUCUUUGGAGUGUUUGCCUUGUGAAAAGACAUCACUGCUUGUUGUAUAUUGUGGAACUGACACUGUUGUAUGAAGCCUAAAAUAUUCCUUGUUUCGUCAUUUUACAUUAACAGACA